ACGAUGGAGGCGGCGUGUCCAUCAUCAGCAUCAUCAGGUGCUCAUGGAAACAUGCAGGAGGUUCUGAGAGGACACACGAUUCCCACGUUGAGGACCAGCAACAUGAUCCGUGUGUUCAUCAGCUCCACCUUCACAGACAUGAGUGGUGAGAGGAAAGCUCUUCUGGAGAAAGCGUACCCACAAGUCCUUGCAUGGUGCCGCAGUAUGGGCUUGGUGUUUGAGGUGGUCGACCUGCGCUGGGGGAUGGGAAAGGUGACGUCAGGGGAGCAUGACGCCUGUGAGCUCUUCCUGCGAGAGAUAUCCAUUAGCAAGAAGAUGUCUGCUGGUCCCGCCUUCGUGGCUCUGUUGGGGAACCGCUAUGGCCACCGAGCGCUUCCUGCUGGGAUCCCACGCAAACAGUUUGAGCUGUUUGUGUCCAAACUGGCCAACAAGCCUGACGCCGUCCACUUGCUUAACCGUUGGUACAUGAGGGACGACAAUGCGGUCCCGCCCACCUAUGUCCUGCUGCCAGUCACGACUCACUUCCCUCACUACAGCGACCUCCGACCCGACAGCGCAGUACAACGUGACGAGGAGGUGGCUUCCUGGCGUUUGAUGGAGACGCACUUGUUACAGCACCUGCGCUCCGCUGCCAGCAAGGCCGAGGCUGCCGGCGACAUCACAGCGGAUGAGCGAUGCGUCUUCUUCACGUCAGUCACAGAACGGGAGUUCCAGCAUGGUUUAGAGAAGGACGGCGCCGGCGCCUCAGCCCUGCUCUUUAUUCGAGAGAUACCUCGCCUGGUGAGGGGCGGGCCGAGGCGUCUCGCCAGAUUCAUGGACGCCACGGCCGAUGGGCUGUUAGAUGCAGAAGCACGGGGCCUCCUCGCUGGCCUCAAGUCCCGCCUCUACGCCUCAUGGAAGGACAAGGUGAAUGUGCACAGUGUGGAGCUCAGCAGGGGAGCCAUCGAGCCCAGACGCAAGGAGCACGCUCAGUACUUGGACACCAUGUGUGAGCAGUUUGUGUGUCAGAUGAAGGCCAAGAUCACGGUGGCACUCAGUGCUUCCAUGGGGGGUGGGACCAGGAAAGUUUGGGGAAGCACAAAAGAAGAAAACAAAUACGAGUGGGUGGCGGAAGAGGUCAGCCACCAUUUUGCCUUGAGGAAACUGGUGUGCUGCGGCUUCCACGGUAGGGAGGGGCUUCUGGCUAAGCUGUGCCUCGCCAUGUGGGAUUCCACCAACGUCCGUCACGGGCCACUAGUGGUGCACGGUGCCGCCGGGAUGGGCAAGACGGCGCUCUUAUGUAAGCUGGCGGAGGAGAUGCGGACCGUGCUGGAGGCCCAGGCCACAGUGGUGGUCAGGUUGCUUGGUGCUCGCCAUCUUCGGAGAGAAGAUGUUGACCAUCUUCUCCUCAGCAUCUGCCUCCAAAUCUGUCUGGCCUGUGAUUUGGCCUUGCCCACCUCACUGAGCAAUCACCAGGAACUGGUCAGCUUUUUUCAGGAAGUUCUGGCCUCCGUUUCCCAGCAGGGCGGCGUGCUGCUCGUCAUCUUGGAUGCUGUUGACCGCCUGUGCGACAAUCAUCGCGCUCUCUGCUGGCUGCCCGAGGAGCUCCCGCCCAACGUCCACCUUGUUGUCUCCAUGGACACCAACAGCGAGGCCUUCGCCGGCGCGCGCCUCAAGCUGAAGUCGCUGGAACGUUUUUUUGAAGUGGAGCGCCUGACACGCGACGAAGGUCGACACAUCAUGGAGUCACGGCUCAGCGCGUCGCAGCGAACUUUGACCCCCGAGCAAGCUGUCACCGCGCUGCAGAGCUUCGACUUGACGGGCUGUCCGCUCCACCUCCAACUCAUUGUGUCUGCCGCCAAACGCUGGACAUCCUCCACCCCAAUUACACGGCUUUGCCUGGGCACCAACGCACAGGAAAUGAUGUCGGAGCUUUUCGUCAUGCUAGAGGAGAAACAUGGCAGGGAGUUGGUGGGCGGGGCCUUGGGUUACAUUGCCCUGGCCAGGGAAGGCUUAUUGGAGGCGGAGCUACGUGACAUUAUGUCUCUGGAUAAUGAUGUCAUCAGUGAGGUAUACAAGCUUUCCCUCCCGCCGACGCCUUCCCUAAUUCGAUUGCCCCCCAUGCUGUGGUCCCGCCUCCGAAGGGACCUGGAGGACCACCUGGAGGAGCGAUGGACACGCGGUGUUGUAGCCAUGGUCUUCAGGGAGCGGUGUCUGUGGGAGGCGGUUUCAACACGCUACCUGACAUCAGAGCGCAGGGGGCGUAGCCUGGCCAUCCUGGCAGAGUACUUCCAGGGAGUGUGGUUUGGAAAACUGAAACCAGUGGCUCUUCCUGGCCUGACGCUGGUCCUCGCUGACAGAAAGGUCCCGCCCCAGCCGCUGUGGUUUGCUCCGGGAUUGGCUAAUGUCAGGAAGCUUCAAGAGUUGCCCUAUCACUUGCUUCAUGCCGGCCUGUGGGAGGAGCUACGUCAGGACGUCAUUGGCAGUGGAGAGUGGCUUUACUGUAAGAGUGCCGUGAUGGGCGUGUCCAGUGUCAUUCAGGACUUGGACCAGUGCUCCCUCUACAUGGACUGCACGGAAACCCGCCUCCUCCGAGAUGCUCUGGUCCUCAUCAAGCCCCAUCUGGACUUUCUGGAUGGUUACGUGGGGGCGUCGCACUUCUACACAGAGUUGCUAGCGAGACUGCACAGUUUGGCCAUGCCCUUCCCUUCACUGAUUGGUCGGCUGUGCGCUCAAUGUGAGGAGUGGUUGCUGACGUGUUCCGAGCCCGUCCUCAUCCCAAAGUGCAGCUUCCUGCCGCCGCCAGGGGGGGCCUUGCAGCACAUCCUGACGGGCCUGCGGGGAGGUGUUGUCUGUGUGGACGUCAGUGUGGAGGCGGAGCUUCUGGUUGCAGGUUCAGACCAGGGAUUUGUGGCGGCCUGGAGCCUUGCUGACUUACACCUUGAACGCACGCUGAGCGCACACACCGCUGCCAUCCUGUCACUCAAGCUGAUUGACAGCCCCGCCCACUGCCUUUCAUUGGGUGCUGAUGGUUCUUUGAAGAGGUGGAACCUGACAAGCGGCCAACAGAUGCUCUGUAUUCAAGAGGCGUGGCCUGUUGACCACACCCCCUCACCAGUCCACAUGCACCUGUGUGGUCAGCUGAUCUUUGUGUACAACAAGAUGCAGGUGUCCAUGUUGACGUCAGAUGGCAUUCCGACGCUCCCAAUCAGCGGUGAUGAAGGCUUGUUGUGUCUGGGACUUCUGGAGGAUUCCGUGAUGGUUCUGUCUGACAUAGGCCGGGUGAGAAUAUUUGGACCUGGAGGUGGGACUUCAAAUGUAGAGAUUCAGCUGGAACACUGGGUGCAACCUUUGACCCCCAUUAACACCGUCACGCUCCCCAAACGAGGGAAAGUGUUUCUGGUUUCUUCAGAAGGUUUUCUCUAUCAGAUCGCUAGGUCAGGCAAACAUACGUGUGUCAAGUUUCCUGUGCAGCCAUCUUUGUUUUCUGUGACUGCUGAUGAGAAAAUCCUCUUAGCAGGAAGUGAUGUGACUUUGAGCCUCUUUAACAUCCACAUCGACUCCUUAGAAAGUUUCCUCCAUCUCAAACAUGACAACCGCAUCUUGUGUGCUCGCAUCUCGCCUGAUGCUCGGCUCAUUGCCACCGGUGCCAUCGACCAACUCAUACGAGUGUGGUCAAUGACCACUGGAGCGUUGUUGGAUGUUUUUUGUGGUUCCGAUGCUCCAAUCAGCAGUCUUCUUUUCUACGAGCGUUUCCUGCUGUCGACGUGCGCGGCCGCCUCCUGUGUACAUGUGUGGGCUGUGAAAUACGACAGCCGCCACAAGCCCACCGCCCACAUCCCUGCGGGCUCUGCUCACGUGGCCGUUACUAAGGACACAGAGAAAGUUUUUUAUGUGAGUCAGCAUGAACCCACACAAGUCGUCAGCUGGAACAACCGCACGGGCAAGCCGGCCGGGCGUCUGGCUCUGCCAGCAAAAGCAAGCUGUCUAACGUUGGCUCAGCAGAAACGCCUCCUGAUGGUGGGUCUGAGCAGCGGCACGGUGCUCAUUUAUCCUUUGGAUCUUCCCGAUGAGACACUGUGCAUCCCGCCUUCAAAGAGCCAGUGCACCGUGCUCCGCAUGGCGGUGAGCGUGCACGAGACACACGCCGUGGUGGCCUACGAGGAUUCGCUGUGCAUCUUCGAGAUCACCACCAGGGAGUGUUUCCCCACGGUGGAGGGUCCACUGGAGCGUGUGCAGAUGUUGCCGCAGGAUGGCCCGCUCAGUGCUGUGGCGGUGCUGUCGGACCGCCGCCUGCUGUACGGGACAAUGUGCGGCCGCGUGACGUUCUACGACGCCGCCCAGCGCAGCAGCACCACUCUGGACUGCCACCGGACCACCAUCACCUGCGUGACCCCCAGCAACUGGGGCACGCACUUCCUGGUGGGCUCCCAGGAUGCCGUGCAGCGACUGUGGAACCUCAAGCCGCUCGCUGUGAACCACGUCAUGGAGUACAAGGGGUUGUUUUCAGAGGGCGUGGUGUGCGCCACCUUCUCAGAAAGUGACCAGGUGGUCUUCACGGGCUCGCGGGACAAAACCGUCAAAGUUUGGGACGUGAUCACAGGAAACCUCCUUCUGGUCCAGUACGUAGGCUCGAUGGUGGUCGCCAUGGUGACCUACAGGCACGGCUUUGUGGCCCUGGCGCAGUGUGGCGUCGUCAUCCAGGAAGUGUUCCGCUGUCCCGAGUGUGUCGGGCCUGAAUAUAACCCGCUGAGGACGGUCAAGGCUCAGUACCGCGUUACCUCCACAGACCAGGUCUGCGCUGGCCAGCGGGGAGGCGUGUCCCACCUGCAGGACUUUAACCCCGCCCAUUUCACUCUCAACUGCAAAGCUCAGCCUUCAUCCACGUGCAUUCUCCUAUGACCAUACUGAUGCUAACAGUGCUAAUAAACGGCUAACCAUUGCCACAGGAAACGAUAAGUGGGUGGAGUCUAAGUACUGGGCGCUAGCAUGUUUGGGGCGAAGUUCAGGUCCUGUGACGAGACCAUGUGACCCUCGCCUGAAAUGACUCCACCUCCAAGCGCUUGCUUAGUUUAGCAAAAUGCAUAAACAUUUUAUUUCUAUUUGUGAUCAUUUUAUUAGACAACACGUGAAUAAACAUAUGUCUUAUUGAUGAUUAUUUAACUGAUCAGUGAUUGAUGAUUGUUAUUGAACAACUUAAGUCAGCUAAAAUGUUAAAGCUCAAAGCUGAAUAUUCAAGAAAGUAAAAGUCAGAUUUUGUCUUUCUUGGAAUAGCUAGGGCUGCACGGUGGACUAGUGGUUAGCAUGUUGGCCACACAGUCACAGUCAGGAAUGGGUUCGAAUCUCCGUUGGGCAUUUCUUUGUGGAGUUUGCAUGUUCUCCCCGUGCAUGCGUGGGUUUUCUCCGGGUACUCCGGUUUCCUCCCACAUUCCAAAAACAUGCAUGUUAGGAUAAUUGGAGACUCUAAAUUGAGUAUGAAUGUGAGUGUGAAUGGUUGUUUGUCUAUAUGUGCCCUGCGAUUGGCUGGCGACCAGUCCAGGGUGUACCCCGCCUGUCUCCCGAAGUCAGCUGGGAUAGGCUCCAGCAUACCCCCGCGACCCUAAUGAGGAUAAGCGGCAUAGAAAAUGGAUGGAUGCAAUAGAAUAGCUAUUUAAAAACCUGACUGAUCAUUGUGCACACAGUGUAGUGACUGUCAUGCAUGAGGCCUUCAAGCGUUGUGAUUGGUUGGCGACUGAGCGUGUUGGAUUGAGUUAAAGCUUCUUUGCUUUUGUUUAAUUUCUCUUGGGCUGAGGAGUAGGAGGGCCAUCAUGUGACUUGCAUCUGACCUUCUCGCAGCAAACAGACACUUCAGAUGACUGACCGCAGGAACCACACAGAACGUUAAUGGCAGAACACGCUUGCGGCGCGCUAAAAAUACAUUUGCCCCUUCACACAUAUUUCAUUGUUUUGAAAACUCCAAACAGUUAGCUUAGCCUCAGAGUGACGUAAACUUGACUGUAAAUAGAAAAGUAGCCAAGCUGGUGAAGCUACAGCAUUAGCCACAGUGGUGACCAUGCUCACUAACAGCAUCGUGUUAGCAUGCUAUCAUUAGCCACCCUAAUAGCAUCUUGGUAGCAUACUAGCGUUAGCCACAUUUGUGACCAGGCUAAUAAACAACAUUAAGAAUUAAUAAAGAACAUAAUGUCUUUCUUUGCAUUUAUUCCGCAAAAAGUAUGUUUGUGUGAAAUGUCUCUUGUAUGUUGUUUAGGUCACAAAGUGUUGAGGACAAAGAAGAAGAAGAAGAGGAGCAGUUUGUGUGCUUUUGAAGAAAAAAGUCAUUUGAACUUGUCUUUUGUCCUUGAAGAUCACGUUCACCUUUAUGUUCACCGGAGGCCCGCCGCCAGCUUCUCCAUGGCGGCCUUGCGCUCCUCAGCCUUCUGCUGCGAGCGUUGAAGGACGUUGCGGAGCUCCUGGAGGUGGUCAAGUGUUCCCACCAGUUCCCCCUUGACCGUCUUCAUCUGGCUCUCCAACAUCUGAGUGUGAUGUAGAGAAUUCCUCCUGUGACGCCUGCUGGACCGCACCUUCUCCUCCAGGUCCUCCACUAGAUACAAAACACACCCACACAGGACUUGUUACCUACACCAACGCACCAGAUGUGCAGAAGACUGAGGAGGUCUGAACGUUUUUCAGUUGCAGACAUUAUGAAAUGAAGCACUAUAACUCAUUUAGAAAGACACUCACCCAUGUUCUCUUGGGCCUUCUCACACCCAGACUCGGUCUUCUUGUCCAUCAGGUCUUUGGUCUGCUGCAGUAACUUUUCCAUCUUCACCAGUUGUGCCGCCUUGGUGUCACUGUCCCGGCGAAUCCUCAGCAGUUCUCGCUCUCUGGGACUCAGUUGGUCGUCGCACUUGUCCAUGUCUGCCGAUCGGAACCAGGCUGUGGUCACGAGUGGUCCAGUCAGGCAAGAACUCUCUUUGGAGUCUGCCAGAGUGUGGACUUUUGUCAUGUUUGUAUUUUUAUACGCCCCUCCUCCUCAUGUCCCGAGGCCAUCAAAACAGUCCAUGCUUAGUUCUGGCUCGUCAUGAGAUCUUCUUCACAAGGCCUCCAUACACUCUUCCUUGAGCAUUCUUCCAGGAUGUUUGGUCCACAUAAGGUCUUCUGGUCUCUUACAAACUAGUUAGACACAUGGAGAACCUCUUCGAGAACCUUUCUGACACCAAACUGUCUAUACGUGUAUGGAAAUUAUGACAUGCUAAUGUUUACAUGACUAAGUACGGCCUUGAGAAUGAUAAUAGCCCGUGGACGCUUAGCUACAAUGGUGAAAACGCUAACGAAAACUAGCCAAAUAGGAGCCACAGUGUUGGAAAGUUUGCCAUGCUAGAGAACAUGCUAACAAACAUGUGCCACAAUGUAAAUGUUAGCCAUGCAAGAGAGCAUGCUAACAAACAUUAGCCACAAUGAUGACCAUUAGCCAUGCUAGAGAACAUGCUAACAAACAUGUGCCACAAUGUAAAUGUUAGCCAUGCAAGAGAGCAUGCUAACAAACAUUAGCCACAAUGAUGACCAUUAGCCAUGCUAGAGAACAUGCUAACAAGCAUUAGUCUUGCUAGAGAACAUGCAAACAAACGUUAGCCACAAUGGUGAACAUGCUAACAAGCAUUAGCCAUAUUUGGAGGCGUGCUAAAACAUAAUGUUAAUAAACAUCGUUAGCAUCAGCCUUAAUAGCUUAGGGGUGUCCAAUACUUUUUCCAGCGACAGCCACAAACUGAAAAAUAUUUUUUUUUUCUACUUUAUUUGCCAAUAAUAAAAAAAACAAGCCUUGGGCUGCAAAUGGCCCAGAGCCCCCACUUUGGACACCCCUGUCCACAGCAAAGCUCUCAGCAUAUCCUAGCGAGCAAUGCAAAUAAAUGUUUUGGGAUGAAAACAACCAAUGUUAUGGCUUUGUACUGUACAUAGUUAAAUGAAUAAAUAAAUGCAUAAACAGAUAAAAAGCGUGAAUUAUGCGGCAGCUUAACAUUCAAGAAACGAUGGCAUUUAUUUGAAUGUUUUAAUAAUAAAGUUGGUGUUGUCCUCAUGGAAAAGAACUUGGAUUAUCCAGAAUGUUCAGCACGGCAUCGGCUGGUCACGUGACACUGUCCUUAUCUCAAUAAUAUGUUGCAGGCCAUUAUUGAACCGUUACCAUGAUUACAUGGCAUCUUUGCUGUCCGAAAGAAGACACCUUGUCACAUUUGUAGUCCUCAUUUGGUCCACGUGGGGGAGCGCUUGCUCGACUUUGGCUAAUUCAUC